AUGGCGGUGGUGGAGCAAAAAAUGAGCUGCCACGUUCUUACCCUCGUCCCCAUUUUCCUCCUCCUCGUCUACGCCCUAUUCGCCGUUUCCCCCUUCAUCGACAGGAAACUCUCCGUCACUAAAUCGUCCACCGCCACCGCCGCUGCCCCGACUGCAGCGCCGCCGUCGGCGGCGGCUGGGGUGACGGUUUUGUACAGUAGACGUAAUGCUAGUGGAGUGGAGAGGAUCGAGGAGGAGCUGGCUAGAGCUCGGGCGGCGAUCAGGGAAGCGAUUCGGAGCCGGAGCUAUAGGUCGUACAAGGAAGAAGGGUUCGUCCCCCUUGGGGCUGUAUAUAGAAACCCUAUCGCCUUCCAACAGAGCCACAUAGAGAUGGUGAAGAGGUUCAAGGUGUGGACGUACAAAGAAGGGGAGAGGCCGUUGGUCCACCGAGCUCCGAUGAACAACAUCUAUUCCAUCGAGGGCCAGUUCCUGGACGAGAUGGAGAGCGGGAAAAGCCCAUUUAGGGCCCAAACCCCCGACGAGGCCCAUGUAUUCUACCUGCCCUUCAGCGUGGCCUCCAUCAUCCACUUCAUCUACCAGCCCAUCUUAUCCAAGAAGGACUACGACCGUGGCCGGCUCCACAGGAUCGUCGACGACUACGUCGGCGUCGUCGCCGGGAAGUACCCUUACUGGAAUCGGUCUCAGGGCGCCGACCACUUCAUGGUCUCCUGUCACGAUUGGGCACCAGAAGUCUCGACGGCCAACCCGAAACUCUACUCGAAAUUCAUCCGGGUCCUCUGCAACGCCAACACCUCCGAAGGCUUCCGGCCGAACCGGGACGCCGCCCUACCCGAACUCUACCUCCAGUACGGUCAACUCGGUCCGACCCCGACCCAAUCCCGGACGGACUGCCCUCCAUCCAACCGAACCAUCCUCGCCUUCUUCUCCGGCGGAGCCCACGGCUACAUCCGCCGGCUCCUCUUCGACCACUGGAAGAAGGACAACGACAAUUCGGACCCACAAGUCCAGGUCUUCGAGCACCUCCCGAACCGCGCAAUCUACACGGCCAAGAUGGGUUCGAGCAAGUUCUGCCUGUGCCCGAGCGGGUACGAGGUGGCGAGCCCGAGGAUUGUCGAGGCGAUCAAUCACGGCUGUGUACCGGUCCUGAUCUCGGCGAACUACUCGCUGCCGUUCGCCGAGGUGCUGGACUGGAGCGAGUUCACGGUGAGUGUUCCGGUGGAGAGGAUCGGCGAGAUGAAGGAGAUAUUGGAGGGUGUUUCGGAGGAGAGGUAUUUGGAGAUGUAUGAGAGAGUGAAGGGAGUGAGGAGGCAUUUUGUUUUGAACCGGCCGGCGAAGGCGUACGAUUUGUUGCAUAUGGUGCUUCAUUCGUUGUGGUUGAGGAGGUUGAAUGUUAGGUUGUAA